AUGCGGAUCAGCAUGGCUCUGAGGCUUAGGACGUGCACAGCGCAACUCCCUUUAUUUCUUUUAAACAAAACGACAGGCUCGGACAUGCCCCUCCCGCCGGCGCGGCCUCAGCGUCCCGCGCUGCCUCAGCGCCCCCAGGAGCGCGGCCCCAGCGCCCCCCCAGCGCCCCCAGGAGCGCGGCCUCAGCGUCCCGCACUGCCUCAGCGCCCCCAGGAGCGCGGCCUCAGCGCCCCCAGCCGUGCGGCCCCAGCGCCCCGCGCUGCCCCAGCGCCCCCAGGAGCGCGGCCCCAGCGCCCCGCGCUGCCCCAGCGCCCCCAGCCCGGCGCGGCCCCAGCGCCCCGCGCUGCCUCAGCGCCCCCAGGAGCGCGGCCCCAGCGCCCCCCCAGCGCCCCCAGGAGCGCGGCCUCAGCGUCCCGCACUGCCUCAGCGCCCCCAGGAGCGCGGCCUCAGCGCCCCCAGCCGUGCGGCCCCAGCGCCCCGCGCUGCCCCAGCGCCCCCAGGAGCGCGGCCCCAGCGUCCCGCACUGCCUCAGCGCCCCCAGCCCGGCGCGGCCCCAGCGCCCCGCGCUGCCCCAGCGCCCCCAGGAGCGCGCCCCCAGGAGCGCGGCCCCAGCGCCCCCAGCGCCCCGCGCUGCCUCAGCGCCCCCAGGAGCGCGACCCCCAGCGCCCCCAGGAGCGCGGCCCCAGCGCCCCGCGCUGCCUCAGCGCCCCCAGCCCGGCGCGGCCCCAGCGCCCCCAGCGCCCCGCGCUGCCUCAGCGCCCCCAGGAGCGCGACCCCCAGCGCCCCCAGGAGCGCGGCCCCAGCGCCCCCAGGAGCGCGGCCCCAGCGCCCCGCGCUGCCUCAGCGCCCCCAGCCCGGCGCGGCCCCAGCGCCCCCAGCGCCCCGCGCUGCCUCAGCCCCUCGCGCUGCUCAGUGGGGCGCCGGCAAGAUGGCGCUGGGCAGCGGGCGGUUGAACCGUGGGUAAAAGCCUGUUCAGACACGCCUCUUCACACACACCUCUCCACCUGGCUGCCAAAUGCCGUAUAA